AUGGCUAGCUCAGCCCGGGAGCAUUUGCUCUUUGUGCGGCGUCGAAAUCCCCAGAUGCGGUACACACUGAGUCCAGAGAACCUGCAGAGCCUCGCUGCCCAGAGCUCUAUGCCAGAGAACAUGACCCUGCAACGGGCCAACAGCGACACGGACCUGGUGACUUCGGAGAGCCGCUCCAGCUUGACUGCCAGCAUGUACGAAUACACGCUGGGGCAGGCCCAGAACCUUAUUAUCUUCUGGGACAUUAAGGAGGAGGUGGACCCCAGCGAUUGGAUCGGCCUUUAUCAUAUAGAUGAGAAUUCUCCAGCCAACUUUUGGGAUUCUAAAAACAGGGGAGUGACUGGAACACAAAAAGGACAAAUUGUGUGGAGAAUUGAACCUGGCCCCUACUUCAUGGAACCGGAGAUAAAAAUCUGUUUUAAAUACUACCACGGCAUCAGUGGAGCCCUGCGAGCCACAACCCCCUGCAUCACAGUGAAGAACCCGGCUGUGAUGAUGGGGGCAGAAGGCAUGGAAGGGGGUGCCUCAGGGAAUCUGCAUUCACGGAAGCUUGUCAGCUUUACCUUGUCAGAUCUCAGGGCAGUUGGGCUAAAGAAAGGGAUGUUCUUCAAUCCUGACCCUUAUCUUAAGAUGUCCAUUCAGCCAGGAAAGAAGAGCAGUUUCCCCACCUGUGCCCACCACGGGCAGGAAAGAAGGUCUACUAUCAUCAGCAACACCACGAAUCCCAUCUGGCAUCGAGAGAAAUAUUCCUUUUUUGCACUUUUAACUGAUGUCUUAGAAAUUGAAAUUAAAGACAAAUUUGCCAAGAGCCGCCCUAUCAUCAAGCGUUUCCUAGGGAAACUCACCAUUCCAGUGCAGAGACUGCUGGAGCGCCAAGCCAUUGGUGACCAGAUGCUCAGCUACAACCUUGGCAGAAGGCUCCCAGCUGACCAUGUGAGCGGCUACCUCCAGUUUAAAGUGGAAGUCACAUCUUCUGUUCAUGAAGAUGCGUCUCCAGAAGCCGUUGGCACGAUCCUUGGAGUCAAUACCGUGAACGGGGACCUGGGAAGUCCUUCUGAUGAUGAAGACAUGCCUGGGAGCCACCACGACAGCCCAGUGUGUGUGAACGGGCCAGUGUCUGAGGACAGCACCGCCGAUGGCACGCCUAAGCAUUCUUUCAGGACUAGCUCCACUCUGGAAAUAGACACGGAGGACCUAACCUCUACUUCCUCAAGGACCUCGCCUCCCAGAGGCUGUCAGGACUCACUCAACGAUUAUUUAGAUGCUGUUGAACACAAUGGGCCUUGCAGGCCUGGACCAGUGACCGCCUCUGACAGGGCUGUGGGAGCCUCUCCCAAACUGAGGAGUAGUUUCCCCACCGACACCAGACUCAAUGCAAUGCUCCACAUCGACUCGGAUGAAGAAGACCACGAGUUCCAGCAGGACUUGGGCUAUCCAUCCUCCUUGGAGGAGGAAGGAGGGUUGAUUAUGUUCAGCAGGGCACCGAGGACUGAUGAUGGGAAGCUGACCUCCCAGACAAAGCCGGAGGACGACAACCCUGCUGAGAAUGAGGAUGCCUCCACACACGAAGCUGCUUCCUUGGAGGAGAAGCCAGAGAAUCUUCCAGAGCUUGCAGAUGCCUCCUUGCCCUCAGGCCCAGCCCCAGAGGAAAGUGAAAUGGGCCCCCAACCUCAGCCUAGCGCUGACCACGGCAGCACCGAAUUGUGUGGCUCUCAAGAAGUAGAUCAGCCCACCAGUGGGGCAGACACAGGCACUCCUGACACAUCAGGAGGAAGCCGAAGAGCCACCAGUGAGACUGAGUCCCUGGACCAGGGAUCGGAGCCUUCCCAGGUGUCCUCCGAAACAGAACCCAGCGAUGCUGCCAGGACAGAGAGUGUGAGCGAAGCCAGCACCAGGCCUGAAGGAGAGAGUGAUCUGGAAGGUGCUGAUAGCUCCUGCAAUGAGAGUGUGACCACACAGCUGUCUUCUGUGGACACGCGGUGCUCCUCUCUCGAAAGUGCACGUUUCCCAGAAACCCCAGCCUUUUCUUCGCAGGAAGAGGAAGACGGGGCCUGUGCAGCAGAGGCCCCCAGCAGCUGCCCCGAGGAGGGCUCUCAGGAUUCCCUGUGCACUCCAGGUUCUUUACCUGUGGUGCAGGUGCCCAGUGGGGAGGAGGAAAGGCCUGGGGCAGAAUCUGCUGUUUUGCCUGACCAAGAGGAGCUGGGGGAAGUGUGGCAGCGGAGGGGGAGUCUGGAGGGAGCUGCUGCUGCUGCUGCUGCUGCUGUGGCUGUGGCUACCCAGCCUCAAGAUGAGGGGAAUGCUGGGGAUGCCCAAGGCGCUUGUGAAGGGGCGACUGCCCAGGAGGAGGGUGCUACUGGAGGUUCUCAAGCCAAUGGCCACCAGCCCUUGCGUUCACUACCUUCAGUGCGCCAAGAUGUCAGCCGGUACCAGAGAGUGGAUGAGGCUCUACCACCAAACUGGGAGGCCCGAGUUGACAGCCACGGCCGAAUCUUCUAUGUGGAUCAUGUCAACAGAACCACCACCUGGCAGCGGCCCACAGCUCCCCCUGCUCCACAGGUGUUGCAGAGAUCUAACUCCAUACAGCAAAUGGAGCAGCUGAACCGGCGUUAUCAGAGUAUCCGAAGAACCAUGACUAACGAGAGGCCAGAGGAAAAUACAAGUGCUAUGGAUGGGGCAGGGGAAGAAGCAGACUUUCACCAAGCCAGUACAGAUUUCCGACGGGAGAACGUCCUGCCUCACUCUACCUCCAGAUCCAGGCUCACGUUGCUGUUACAGUCUCCCCCCGUGAAGUUCCUCAUCAGCCCAGAGUUCUUCACCGUGCUGCAUUCUAACCCUAGUGCCUACCGCAUGUUUACAAACAACACAUGUUUGAAGCACAUGAUCACCAAAGUCCGGCGGGAUACCCACCACUUUGAACGCUACCAGCAUAACCGAGACCUCGUAGGAUUCCUCAACAUGUUUGCAAACAAACAGCUGGAGCUGCCUCGGGGUUGGGAGAUGAAACAUGAUCAUCAGGGCAAGGCAUUUUUUGUCGACCACAAUUCGCGCACCACCACAUUCAUCGAUCCUCGCCUCCCACUGCAGAGCACUCGGCCCACCAGCGCCCUGGUUCAUCGCCAGCACCUGACCAGGCAGCGCAGCCACAGCGCGGGUGAGGUAGGAGAAGAUUCUCGGCAUGCAGGACCACCAGUUCUUCCCCGGCCAUCCAGUACAUUCAAUACAGUCAGUAGGCCACAGUAUCAGGACAUGGUUCCAGUGGCUUACAAUGACAAGAUUGUUGCAUUUCUGCGACAACCCAACAUCUUUGAAAUUCUGCAAGAGCGUCAACCGGAUCUCACCAGGAACCACUCACUCAGGGAGAAGAUCCAAUUUAUCCGAACUGAAGGGACCCCUGGCUUGGUGCGCCUCUCAAGUGAUGCAGACCUUGUGAUGUUGCUGAGUUUAUUUGAAGAAGAGAUAAUGUCAUAUGUGCCUCCACAUGCCUUACUCCACCCCAGCUACUGUCAGUCCCCCCGUGGCUCUCCUGUGUCGUCUCCUCAGAAUUCACCAGGUACCCAGCGUGCCAAUGCCCGUGCUCCAGCUCCUUACAAGCGAGAUUUUGAAGCCAAACUAAGGAACUUUUACAGGAAGUUAGAAACAAAAGGAUAUGGACAAGGCCCAGGGAAAUUAAAGCUAAUUAUCCGAAGAGAUCAUUUGCUAGAAGAUGCUUUUAAUCAGAUUAUGGGCUACUCUAGAAAAGACCUGCAGAGAAAUAAACUGUAUGUCACCUUCGUCGGGGAGGAAGGGCUGGAUUACAGUGGGCCUUCCAGAGAGUUUUUCUUCUUGGUAUCCAGAGAACUCUUUAACCCUUAUUAUGGCUUAUUUGAAUAUUCAGCCAAUGACACAUACACAGUACAAAUAAGUCCUAUGUCUGCCUUUGUAGACAAUCACCAUGAAUGGUUCCGGUUCAGCGGGAGGAUCCUUGGCCUUGCACUAAUACACCAGUAUUUGUUGGAUGCCUUCUUCACAAGGCCCUUUUACAAGGCACUUCUGAGAAUUCUGUGUGACCUGAGUGAUCUGGAAUACCUUGAUGAAGAGUUCCACCAGAGCCUUCAGUGGAUGAAAGACAACGAUAUCCAUGACAUCCUUGACCUCACGUUCACUGUGAAUGAAGAAGUGUUUGGGCAGAUUACUGAACGAGAAUUGAAGCCAGGGGGUGCCAAUAUCCCAGUGACAGAGAAGAACAAGAAGGAGUACAUUGAGAGGAUGGUGAAGUGGAGGAUUGAGAGAGGUGUGGUCCAGCAAACAGAGAGCUUAGUGCGAGGCUUCUAUGAGGUGGUGGACGCCAGGCUGGUAUCUGUUUUUGAUGCAAGAGAACUGGAACUGGUCAUUGCAGGCACAGCUGAAAUAGACCUCAGUGACUGGAGAAGCAACACCGAAUAUAGAGGAGGCUACCAUGACAAUCAUAUUGUAAUUCGGUGGUUCUGGGCAGCAGUGGAAAGAUUCAACAAUGAGCAACGGCUAAGGUUGUUACAGUUUGUUACAGGCACAUCCAGCAUUCCCUAUGAAGGAUUUGCUUCUCUCCGUGGAAGUAAUGGCCCAAGAAGAUUCUGUGUAGAGAAAUGGGGAAAAAUCACGGCUCUUCCCAGAGCUCAUACUUGUUUCAACCGUCUGGAUUUGCCUCCAUACCCAUCCUUUUCCAUGCUUUAUGAGAAACUGUUGACAGCAGUUGAAGAAACCAGUACCUUUGGACUUGAAUGACCUGAUCACGCAGUGGCCAGCUCUUCAUGAACAGGCAGAUCAGGCAGCUGGCCUUCAGAAGAAUGAACACUGGAAGUCAGGAGACAAGGCUUCCAUAGAGUGAAGUGGAGUGCUGUUGUUUUCCGGGAACAUGUGCUCUCCCAUUUGGAGAGUGGCAGAUGACAAGUCCUCAUGGCAGGGUUUGAAUGAGCUUGAUGCCCAGGGGACAACCCAACAGUCUUUCAAUCAACAGUUCUUGACUGCCAAAUUUUUUUUUUCCAUUUGUUAUGUUCCGAGACAAAGAUGAACCUCUACGUGAUCAGCUCCAUGGUAACUUUUAGGGACUCAGGAGAAUCUUGAACAUGAUUCAAGCUAAACUGGCAAUACUUCACCCAACCUCCAAAUUAGUGUGAGUUAAAUCUCAUCAUGAAAACUGAUCUAUUUCCUGGAAGUACGUUCAUUUAAGCCCUCCGUUUAACAGAAUAUUCAGUUCUUGCUUAUGAGUGCCUGCAUGGUGUACACUAUAGGUUUCAGCUUUCAUUGGACACAAAUGAAAACCGAAACUGAAGUCAAUAUGAAGUAACUUUUAAUGAUUUGCAACAAGGUGGUCUGUGACAAUGUAUAUGCAAGUGGUAUGUGUGUAAUUAUGGCUGAAGACAAACUGUUACUCAAUGAAUUACUAAGGACAGAUUUUAUGCUUUAUAAUGCAUGAACACAAGUUUAAAAUAACUAACAAUUAAUCACAGCAUAUCAGGAAAAAUGUACACAGUGAGCUCUGAUUAUUUUGUAUAGGUUCAUUAUAUUUAUGUUCUUUAAGGUGUAAAUAAGAACCUAUCUAUCAUACUGUAUGUGUCACCUUUCCAUUUUCAUGUUCCAUGCUUACUCGGGCAUCAUGCUGGUAUUUCUUUAAGCACUCUCAAGGGAAUAAAGGGCCUUUUAUUUUUAUAAAAGUAGAAAAGAAAAAAAAUUCCCCCAAAUAUUUUGCACUGAAUGUACCAAAGUUGAAGGGACAUUACAGUAUGACUAACAGCAAAUCCAUCACUGGACAACUUCAAUAAAAAGUAGCUUCUAAAUCAGACUUCCUUCACAGGGCCAUGUCAAACACUACAAGGACUGUGCAUCUAAGUAAUAAUUUUUUAAGACUCACUCUAUGUGAUAGUAUGAUAUGCAUUUAUGUAAAAUGCAUUAGACUCUCUUCCAUCCAUCAAAUACUUUAUGGGAUGGCAUUUAUUACAGAUAUUUCGUAUCUCCCCCACAGCUUUUUAUUUGUACAGCAUCGUUAAACACUAAGCUCAGUCAGGGAGCUAUCAACUACAUCGAAGACAUGAGCUCUCUUUAGUAAUACGAAUUCCAUUUUCCCUUAUCAGUAAAGAUAUCACAAGGUGAAACACACAGCACUAUAUUUCUAAGACUGCAUUUUCACAGAUGCAUAAUUUUCUUAUUAAUAUCGACAAUUUUUCUAUGGCAUCUCAAAUAUCGCAUGACAUCGUUCAUCUUAAUUCUGCUUUAUUUUGUGAGAGGAUAUCCUUCAUUUUCAUUGCUUUUGGGAUUAUUCUACAUCACUGUCAGUUCUUCGAUUUAUGGCCAUAAAGGGAUCAGAUGCACAAUGCAGUGGAGAUCUAUUAAGGGUGGUAAAAGUGUUGGAUUAAUAUUUAAUUUGCCAGCCUGUGGAUCCCUAAGAAUGGGCAGAACAUUUUUUAAGAAUCAUGUAUUUAAGUAAAAAAUUGAAUUCCUAUUAUGAUAUGAUAUAGGCAAUCUUAUAUUUUAUAGAGGUUCAUAUGCCCAGUUUUCAUAGGGGUUUUAUAAGCACUGAUUGCUCUCCUCUUAGUGAAGCUGUGUUGAUCACCAGGACCCUCAAGAGAAUACCACUCAGGUUGCAUUCCUGCACUAAAGGCAGGUGCAAAGGGGUGGGGAACUGUUCUGGACAAAGGUUACAGAAAUUGGGGGUGGGCAUAUUUAUCUGUAUACUAUAAUGGGACAGAAAAAAGGGAAGAGAAAGCAUAUUUAACUGGAAAUAUUUGUUGUACAUAUUGAUCAUGAAUACAAGUAUAUAUUUAAUUUGGCAAACUAUUUUUACUUGUUUGUAUUUUUUUCAUUUUAAGAAAUAUAGUAUAAUACAUUAAUGUACUUUUUAAGAUCACACUUUUGAUACAUCAGAGCUAGAAUUCUCAACAGCUGAUAUGGAAGGUUUAUUCUUAAGAAAAAAAAUUAUGUAUUAGUAAACUGUCAGCUUUCAUUUUGGUUUGAGACACUUUGUUUCCAACAAUCAUUUUGCUCCCUAAAGAGAGAUUUGAAAUAAGAUGCAUCUCCCUGAUUAUUCCUAACAAAUACAUUUCCUUGUUAAGGCAUCCAAUUUUGAAAAUAACUGUUUUCUUUACUGUAUG